AUGCCAGCUCUGUCCAUCAACACCAAAUACCGCAUGCCAUCGGGCUAUGAGAUCCCAUCGCUAGGCUACGGCGUGUAUCAGACGCCUGCGGCUGAGUGCGCGGAAGUCGUAGAACAUGCGCUCAAGGCCGGGUACCGCCAUGUCGACUCUGCGGUCGCGUAUCGCAACGAGCAGCCCUCGGCAGAAGGCAUGAAGGCCAGCGGUAUCAAGAGAGAAGAGUUGUUUUUCACGACAAAGAUCCCGCCGCAGGACAUGAACUAUGAGAACUCGAAGCAGCACAUCGACAACACGCUGAAAGUGACGGGUUUCGACUACGUCGAUCUGUACCUCCUGCAUUCUCCUUAUGGAGGUAAAGAGAACCGUCUUGGCGCGUGGAAAGCGCUCGUCGAGGGCGUAGAGGCGGGGAAGAUUCGCAGCAUUGGCGUGAGCAACUACGGUGUGCACCACCUCGACGAGCUCGAGACGUACAUCAAAGAGACAGAAAGCAGCCAGGGAAAGGUAAAAGGCAACGUGAUCAGCAUCAAUCAAGUGGAGCUCCACCCAUGGCUCGCAAGACCAGACAUUGUCAAUUGGUGCAAGCAAAGGGGCGUCCUGUGCGAAGCAUACUGUCCCAUUGUGAGGGCGACACGAAAUGACGAUCCUCUCUUGGCUCCGCUGGUGAAGAAGUAUGGCAAGACGCCGAGCCAGGUUCUGAUUAGGUGGAGUCUGCAGAUGGGCUUCAUUCCUCUUCCCAAGUCUGUGACCAAAUCUAGGAUCGAGGAGAACGCACAAGUGUAUGAUUUCGAGCUGUCCGUCGAGGAUAUGAAGACUCUUGAUACUGGCGCCUACGAGCCGUGUGUGUGGGAUCCUACAGUCAGUCGCGACUAG